AUGGCAUGGAAUGGCACUGACUUUGUCAAGGAGCUAGGGGACAUCGAGAAGCUGCUUGCUUUCAACCCAAACCAGGGUCUGCAGGAGGGGCUGGUCAAGGCUCUGUUGACAAAGUGUGAUCACAGCCAGCUGACUGCUGGCGACUAUUGUGCCAUGCUUGAGAAGGUUGACCACAGUACCUUGACAGAUGAGCUGAAGACCAUAUUGAAGGAUUCGCUUUUGCUUCGUGCAUCCACAGGUACGACAAACGAAGGUGGGUCUGCCAUUGUGAAGACACCACAGACCUUGGUCAAUCUCCCCGCCUAUUUGACCAAGGCUGAGAUGAUGGAUGUAAUGCAAGGAAACUUGUAUGACGUUCCCCAUAUCAUCAUCAGAAGGUUGUCUGCCCUCGGUGUGAAGUCUCUCAAAGAAACAACGAAGCGGGCCGCCGUCGCAUUAAUCGUACAGUCCAUCAUGUGGCACGGGAAAAGCAAACCCAGUGCCGACGAAAUAUAUGGUCUGGCACAACAGUUCGGCCUCUUGUUCGCUGCCCACAAGCCCUCGGGCUGCAUGGUUUCGGGCUUGAAGAAGUACCCACACCUCCCUACAGACCUGGACAAAGAUUGGCUGUCCAGAGCCUAUCCCAAAGACCCACCUUCGAUGGUAGAUCUCCCACAGCUUUUCGAGCUAGGAGCCCAGUGCCCGAUGCGAUCCACCAGCAAGCUCCUUUCCAGUUGCUCGAAAAAGAAGCUUCAACCCUUGGUGGACAAGGUUGAGGACCGACUCCUCGAGUUGUUCAAAAGCUUGUUGGGUGGCAACUGGCAGGCCGCCCUGCAGGGUGGCAAAGAAAGCUCGAGCAGUGGUGCCAAGAUCACUUUCUUUGACCAUGUGAAGGAUGGCAACCAUGGGCCAGGCGACGGCAUGCAGGGCUUGUCUAAGGAGGAUGACCCGCCUGCUUUGCAGCAGAAGGGGCAUGCAGCGGGCUCGGGUAACUUGUCGUUGGAGGAGUACGAGAAGCAGGCAAUGAUCGAGGUUGAAGAGAAGACCAAAAAUGGGAGGAAUUCCAACAAGCAGGGCACCGGCCAAAAGGACAAGAAUCCCAUGAAGAAGCAGGGCACCGGCAAAAAGAACAAGAAUCCCAUGAAGAAGCAGGGCACCGGCAAAAAGAACAAUCCCAUGAAGAAGCAGACCACCGGCGACAAGGACAAGCAUCAGACGAAGGCGAAGAAAGUGAUGAAAAAGCCUGCUGCUAAGAAAGCUGCAGAGGGCUACGGUUGCAAGCGAUGCCGAGGUAGCGGCUGUGAUGUUUGCGAGAACCCGAACUUUGCGGGGAUGAGGCAUGACAUGAAGCAAGCAGUGAAACAGGCCAUUGCAAGUUGCACUGCCUAUGGGGCCCUUGUGCAACAACUUCCGGCGAAGUCACUGGCCGGUGCAGACCUUAACAUACCAUGCAUCAACCUGGCGAGUCUUAUUCAGGGCAUGUAUGCAGCAGGUGGUUAUUUUUACCAAAUGUUGAAUCAUGUGCACGAAGCAUCACCAUCCAGCAUAGGAUCCCCCUGGCGGGGGGUCCUUUAUUCCGAUGAAGUACACCCGGGCAAUCAGUUGUCCUCCCAAGGGCGAAAAGUCUGGGCGGUGUAUUUCUCGUUUCUGGAGCUGUCACCGAAGUUGCUUUCGAACGAGCAUCAUUGGUUUACACUGAUGGUGGUCAGAACCGAACUGGUGCAGAAGGUGUCGGCUGGUAUAGGCCAAUGUUUGAGGUUGCUGCUUGAGUCCAUGUUUGCCAACGAGUUCGGAAAUCCAGAGCAUGGCUUGGCAUUGAAGGGGCCGAGCAAAAGCAUCAGACUAUUCUUUACACUUGCUAUGACACUUCAGGACGGAAGUGCACAGAAACACACAUACUCGAACCGGCAAGAUGCCGGUUCGAGAGUUUGCAUGCUUUGUAAGAACAUCUUUUCCCUACGGUCAAAAAGCUCUGAGGAUGAUGUCAAGAUAUCGGCAAAACAUUUGACAUGGGAUGCAUGCCAUCAAGCUACAGACGAUGAGCUCUUGGAAUCGUGGGAACGAAUGGAAUCAAGACACCGGACAGAGUCCAAAAGCAAGUUCCAACAGUGGCAACAGGCUUGUGGGUGGUCUUUCUCGCCGCAUGCCCUGAUGAUGAGCACUGUUCUACGAAGUCUGAAUGUAUUGCGGCCGGCUUCGCAAUAUUGCUUUGAUUGGAUGCAUUCUUUAUGCAGCAUGGGAGUCCUCAACUGCAUAAUCCUGUGGGUGCUGGAAGCCACUGGAAAAGCUGCUACCUUUCAUGACUACUUGCAACUCUGGCAAUGGCCGAAAGCCCAGAAAGCAGCGGCACUGCACAAGCUGUUCAGCCAGGAGAAGAUGAAGGCACACAGGAAGGCAAAUUACAUCAAAUGCUCAGCCUCUGAGGUUUUAGCAAUUUCAAAGCCUUUAGAAUAUUUUUUGCAUACCUGCUGCCCCAGCCCGGAUGACACUCUUGCAAAGGAAGCUUGCUUGUCUUGGUUGGAAGUCUUGGCCAUCUUGAUAGCUUGUACACUACAACUGCCUCCAGCAGGCCUUUUGUUGCAGACUGUCGAGCGAGCAUUGUCCCUCACCGUCGCCGCCGGGUGGGGAGACCAGAUGGCUCCGAAGUUUCAUUGGUGUUUACAUUUUGAGGCAUGUCUGUCACGAUUUCGAUGCAUGCCAGCAUGCUGGACACUGGAGCGAAAACACAAAUCAGUGCGAAAAUACGGCACAGCUACCAGCAACACCACCAACUUUGAACAAGGGUUAUUGGAGGAGACAAAUGCUGAACAGCUUGCCUUGCUUUCGAGCGACACUCCAUUUCGAGCUGGCCCUCAUCUCCUGCAGCCUCACCCCGUAUCCGCCAAAGUAAUGGCACAACUUCUGCAGAGCAACAUCGUGUCUGAGAGUGAUUCCUGCAACUGCAGCAAAGAGUGCCGGCUAGCUUCUGGUGCUGUCUUGCAUACCGGUGAUGUUGUUUUGCACCAUGCAGCUGCCGACAAUGAAUCACCCAUCCCCUUUUGCUGUGGCCGACUCCAAUGGCUUAUCGAAGUGGACGGCUAUGUUGCAGGUGUUGUGUCCAGAUGCGAGUAUGUUUCCCAUGAUGCAGUGAAGCAAGUGGCCAAGUGGAGGAUUGCAGGUGAAGCCCUAUCCAUCAUGCAGGUUGAUGCUUUCCUGUGCAGUGUAGUUUACAAUAACAAUGCAGGCAUUCUCACCACCCUGCUACCCCGCCACCUGUGCAACAGCAUGGCUUGA